AAAAAUUCUUAGUAUUCUGCUAAUAUUAGGGCUACCGAGGCAUUAACCUGCACUGGGUCUGCCAGUACUACCGAGAGCGAGGGUCUUCCUGGAGGAGGUGGGGUCUGGCCCUCAGGCACCUCCUUUGGCCCCGCCUCUCCGCGCUUUGCUUCCGGGUCGGUAAGGGCAGCCACGUCAUCCCCCGGCUCCGCAAGCUUGCCGGGCAGUCGCUCCUGGGAGCCAAGAUGGCGACGGCGACGGCGUCCUCAGCGAGUAUUCGGGAAAGGCAGACAGUGGCUUUGAAGCGUAUGUUGAAUUUCAAUGUGCCUCAUGUUAAAAACAGCACAGGAGAACCAGUAUGGAAGGUACUCAUUUAUGACAGAUUUGGCCAAGAUAUAAUCUCUCCUCUGCUAUCUGUGAAGGAGCUAAGAGACAUGGGAAUCACUCUGCAUCUGCUUUUGCACUCUGAUCGAGAUCCUAUUCCAGAUGUUCCUGCAGUAUACUUUGUAAUGCCAACUGAAGAAAAUAUUGAUAGAAUGUGCCAGGAUCUUCGAAAUCAACUAUAUGAAUCAUAUUAUUUAAAUUUUAUUUCUGCUAUUUCAAGAAGUAAACUGGAAGAUAUUGCAAAUGCAGCAUUAGCAGCUAGUGCAGUAACACAAGUAGCCAAGGUUUUUGACCAGUAUCUCAACUUUAUUACUUUGGAAGAUGAUAUGUUUGUAUUAUGUAAUCAAAAUAAGGAGCUUGUUUCAUAUCGUGCCAUUAACAGGCCAGAUAUCACAGAUACAGAAAUGGAAACUGUUAUGGACACUAUAGUUGACAGCCUCUUCUGCUUUUUUGUUACUCUGGGUGCUGUUCCUAUAAUCAGAUGUUCAAGAGGAACAGCAGCAGAAAUGGUAGCAGUGAAACUAGACAAGAAACUUCGAGAAAAUCUAAGAGAUGCAAGAAACAGUCUUUUUACAGGUGAUACACUUGGAGCUGGCCAAUUCAGCUUCCAAAGGCCCUUAUUAGUCCUUGUUGACAGAAACAUAGAUUUGGCAACUCCUUUACAUCAUACUUGGACAUAUCAAGCAUUGGUGCAUGAUGUACUGGAUUUUCAUUUAAACAGGGUUAAUUUGGAAGAAACUUCAGGGGUGGAGAACUCUCCAGCUGGUGCUAGACCAAAGAGAAAAAACAAGAAGUCUUAUGACUUAACUCCAGUUGAUAAAUUUUGGCAAAAACAUAAAGGAAGUCCAUUCCCAGAAGUUGCAGAAUCAGUUCAGCAAGAACUAGAAUCUUACAGAGCACAGGAAGAUGAGGUCAAACGACUUAAAAGCAUUAUGGGACUAGAAGGGGAAGAUGAAGGAGCCAUAAGUAUGCUUUCUGACAAUACUGCUAAGCUAACAUCAGCUGUUAGUUCUUUACCAGAACUCCUUGAGAAAAAAAGACUUAUUGAUCUCCAUACAAAUGUUGCCACUGCUGUUUUAGAACAUAUAAAGGCCAGAAAAUUGGAUGUAUAUUUUGAAUAUGAAGAAAAAAUAAUGAGCAAAACUACUCUGGAUAAAUCUCUUCUAGAUAUAAUAUCAGACCCUGAUGCAGGAACUCCAGAAGAUAAAAUGAGGUUGUUUCUUAUCUAUUAUAUAAGCACACAGCAAGCACCCUCUGAGGCUGAUUUGGAGCAAUAUAAAAAAGCUUUAACUGAUGCAGGAUGCAACCUUAAUCCUUUACAGUAUAUCAAACAGUGGAAGGCUUUUACCAAGAUGGCCUCAGCUCCUGCCAGCUAUGGCAGCACUACCACUAAAUCAAUGGGUCUCUUAUCACGAGUCAUGAAUACAGGAUCACAGUUUGUGAUGGAAGGAGUGAAGAACCUGGUUUUGAAACAGCAAAAUCUACCUGUUACUCGUAUUUUGGACAAUCUUAUGGAGAUGAAGUCAAACCCUGAAACUGAUGACUAUAGAUAUUUUGAUCCCAAAAUGCUGCGGGGCAAUGACAGCUCAGUUCCCAGAAACAAAAAUCCAUUCCAAGAGGCCAUUGUUUUUGUGGUGGGAGGAGGCAACUACAUUGAAUAUCAAAAUCUUGUUGACUACAUAAAGUUGAGCCUGAUUUUUCCUACCUGACCAGAGAGACAUAAAAGACCUCUCCUUGAACAAGAAUCGGGUUCCCCUGGGAGCUGUGUCUAGAAGUUCUGGACCCCUCUAAUGUUUCCCUGUGCUUGCUUCCUUCUUGUAUACUGUAACCUCUACCUUUAUUAAUGCCUAUUAGCCACAAGAAUCCCAAUUAUAUGACCCAUAUACCAUCUUAUUUUGGAAAAAAAUCUGAGUUGUGGCUUUUUAUUUAUUCUCAGAGAUGGCCAUUAGGACAUGUAUUCAGCCAACAAUGUUUGAUCAGCUUAUACAUCACAGAGUUGUGUUACAAAUUUACCUUCAAGUUCACAAUACAUACAAGAAAUUAGCAAAUCAUUAGUAGAGAUUUGACUGUUGUGAUUGGCUUCCAAUAUUGUAACUGUGACUUUUAUUCCUGAUUUUGUCAAUGUGGAAUGAGAUGUAUUAACUUACACUGUGUUGCUCAAGUGAGACUAAAAGCACAAUCCAUGCUACCUGCACCAUAGCCCACUUUCAGCAUAAAGAACUCAAAUGUAUUCUUCAAGCAGUACACAUCCUACAUUGGAAGAAUGUUCUAAGAUUGUAUGGGUAACUGUUGCUCCUGUGAAAUAUGACAGUCAUCAGAUUCCUUCUAUUUUGAGUGUAAUAGGAAAUGGCACCAAUAGUGUGCCAUAGUACCUACUUUGGGGGA